ACACGGGCUGCCUCUCAGGUCGGAAAGCGCAAAAGAAGACAAAGCAGAAGAAGAAGAAGAAGAAGAAGAGGGGGAGAAUCGGAGAAAGAAACCGACGCGCCAGUGAUUCAGUGAUUCAUCCGCAGUUUCCAGGCUGCGCGCAGGUGGAGGCGAAGAGGAGAGCAAACAGCCGCUCGGGACGGAUCUGAUGAAGCAGUCAGGGAUGUUCAAUAGGCGCAAGAUUUGAAACAAAAUAUCAUUUUUAAACCACAUAUAUAUAUAUAUAUAUAUUUCUUAAUUUUUAUAUAUAUAUAUAUAUAAAAUUUCCAGCAUCUCUAUUGAGAAUUUCGGAGCUACAAUCGCCUUCCAGACAGGAAAUAAAAGAAAAAACGAGCAAAAAAAAAAAAAAAAGUUUGACUCCUUUAAAGAAAAAGGAAAAAAAGAAAAGAUGCUGCUCAGCUCCGCUGCUGUUUUUUCACGCACUGCUGUGGAUUUCAGCGUCAGCGUAAGUGGCCAGUCAUCACUUGAGAAAUAGCUCCGAUUCUUUCGCUCUUUAAUUUCGGUGCCAAUUACAGCAGAAGGAGGGGAGCCCUGCUUUUUUUAAAAAAAAUUAUUAUUCCAAUUAUUCUUUUUUUUAAAUAUUGUUAUUAUUAUUAUCCUCAUCGCGGCGCAACGCCUGUCUCCUUGGCCGGGAUUUGCAUCCAUCUGAAUUACUCCGUUAUGGACUUCCUCGGACUGUACUUUCUUCAUCUGGCUCUCAUCGGAGUCCCACACGCGGUUCUCUCCGCAGGCGGGAGGGACUGCCUGCACGCCGGAGACACCUGCUCCAGCGAUGACACCUGCAGCCCUCGACUGCGUACCCUCAGGCAGUGCGUGGCGGGAGAUGGCAGCAUGAAGCUGGGGCCCGGGGCGCGGAGCCAGUGCGAGAACGCCAUGACGGCGCUGCUGUCCACCCCUCUGCACGGCUGCCAGUGCAAACGAGGGAUGAAGAGAGAGAAGAACUGCCUGAGCAUUUACUGGAGCCUUCACCAGUCGGUGCUGCACGGACUGAGUCUGGUGGAGAGCUACCCCUAUGAGCCAGAGGAGAGAGGCUCCGACUACGUUCGUCUGGCUUCCAUCGCUGCAGAGUCUGAGGUAACGACAGUGAACCGCUGCCUGGAUGCCGCCAAGGCGUGCAACAUAGAUGAGACGUGUCAAAAGCUGCGCACGGAGUACGUCUCGUCCUGCAUCCAGCCGUCGGCCCGCUCGGGGCCAUGUAACCGACCAAAGUGCAACAAGGCGCUCAGGAAGUUCUUUGACCGCGUUCCCCCCGACUACACCCAUGAGUUGCUGUUCUGUCCCUGCACCGACACAGCCUGCGCCGAGCGCCGCAGGCAAACCAUUGUGCCGUCCUGCUCGUAUGAAGAAAAGGACAAGCCUAACUGCCUGGCUCAGCUGCGAGACUGCAAACAAGACUACGUGUGCAGGUCCCGCUGGGCACAGUUCCAGUAUGACUGCGAAGCGUCCGAGCACAGCGCCAGUGGCUGCAAGAGGGAGAAUCAUGGAUCAUGUCUACUCGCAUACACUGGCUUGAUAGGAAGCACGAUAACUCCCAACUACCUUGACAACUCCACUUCCAACGUGGGACCCUGGUGCUCCUGUGCAGCAAGUGGCAACCAUAGGGAACAAUGCAAUGACUUCUUGGCCUUUUUCCAUGACAACGUUUGUCUGAAAAACGCCAUCCUAGCAUUCGGGAAUGGAUCUGACGUGAAAACGGGUGCCAGUCAGCCUGGGAUGUCAAGUCCGGCGACGGACAGCCACAGUCCGCACCUGGCAACCACCGCCCCGGGCGUCUCCAUGGAAACAGAGCAGAACGUUCUGCGAGCACAGAUACCUACUCAGGUAAAUGGGAAUGACAGACUGUGGGGCGAAGAGGCAGACUCCACUCUUCCCUCUCCGGGCCUUUUGGAUCAUGGCCCUGAGCCCGUCCAUCUCUCUAUGCUGCUCAUCCUGGGCUGGCCCAUCCUGGUGCUGCUCUCCCAGCCGUAGGAGGCGUCCCUUUAAUGACCUUUAUGGACUGCGCUGUUCAGAGCCGACAGGGAGGAGGGUUGGGGUGCGAGAGAGAAACGGCCAUUCCCGAGUGUCCGACGACGGUGUGGGGGGAAGAAGAGUGAGCUCUGUCCUGCCCCACUCCCCUCUCCCUGUCACACACCAGAAACCCACCUAAUCUUUUUGUGAAUCAUGACUCAAGAGUCGAUGUGUUGUGAAGGAUGCGUCAUGGAAAGGACCACAGGAGAGGGUGUCACCACUGCACCACAGAGUUGGGAAGGGGGUAGGGG